AUGAGUGAAGGGAAAAUAUCAAAGACAAGUCUAUUACUGUUAAUUUAUGAAAUAAUUAAUAUAAAUAUUGACCUUUUGAAAAAUAAUGAAUAUGAGUUUAGCAGCUUUAGUAGCUCCUCAGAUCAUCAUCAAGAAGACCGCAAUGAAAAGAGGUUACCCUAUGAGAAUGAGGAGGAGAAGGAAAAUGAAAAAGAAAGGAACAAAAUAAAUAAUAACACUAAUAACAAUAAUAAUAAUACUAAUUGCAAUAAUGGUAAUACUAAUAGUAAUAAUAACAAUAAAGGUAAUCGUAAUAGUAAUAAUAACAAUAAAUGUAAUCGUAAUAGUAAUAAUAAUUAUUAUGAUAGCAAUAAUGACAGUAACAAUGACAGUAACAAUGACAGCAACAAUGACAGCAAUAUUGAUAGCAACAAUGAAAUGAGCAAUAAUAACAUAUAUGGACAACACUAUAAUGAGAGAGAUAGAAUAAUUAAUAAUCUUAUGUAUUUAGAAAAUAAUAAUGAAGAAAAAAAUUAUAUAAAUAUUUUAUCAAGUAAAUUUAAAGAUAUGGGUAAAAGUAUAGGUAUAAAAUUAAUUGAACGCAUGUUGAUAUAUAAAAAUGAAUUCAACGAUGUUAAGGAUAUUUUAAAAUUUAUAGGAAGAGAUAUAUGGUUUAUUUUAUUUAAUAAAAAUGCUGAUAAAAUACAAACAUACAAAAAAGGUGUAUAUAUUGUUGUGGAUAACGAUAUAGGCAUGUAUUUGAAACAUCUUUUAAUUGAUGAGACAAAUCAGAAAAAUAAUUUUAUUCAUUAUUUUUUAAUUUUAAUUAUUGGCAUUAUUAAAGGAAUACUAAAGAGAUUUAGGAUAAAGGGCUAUGUGACUUAUAACCUGAAUUACCCUCACUGCUCCUUUCAAAUAAACAUAAUUGACGACUAA